AUGAUUUAAAAGAUAGCUAGAUAAGUGAUAAAUAGAAGCCCUUUCUCAAGUACAACAGUUAAUGAAGGAACAUUUUUAGAUUAAGUCAUGGCCUAUUUCAAUAAAGCUGCUGGACAUACAACAAUAAGUCAAGAUAAAUUGGAGUAUUAAAUUCUCAUAAGCUUUUUAGUUUCUAUAAGAGUACAGACAUUGUGAUUAAGUUUAAUUUACCAUUAGUUAGAGAUGAUGGAACAUAUAUUUGUGUAAUAUGUUGAAUCUAUGAAUAGGUUCCUGCUUAUAGAGCUUAACAUAAGACUUAUAGAUUGCCAACGAAAGGUGGAACAAGAUUGAGUCCACACAUAAAUAUAGAAGAAGUAGAAGCAUUGUCAUUUUUGAUGACUUUGAAAAAUUCAAUAUUAGAUUUACCAUAUGGUGGAGCUAAAGGUGGUAUUGGAAUUAACCCAAGGAAAUUUUCAAAAAGAGAAAUAGAAACAUUGAUGAGAAGAUAUACUUUAGAGUUAGCAAAGAAGAAUUUCAUUGGUGCAGCAAUAGAUGUACCUGGACCUGAUCUUGGAGUAUGAAUUUUUAAUUAAUAUUACUUAAGACUGGUGAAUAAGAAAUGAGUUGGAUGAAAGAUGCCUAUACAAAGUUUAAGGGACAUUAAGAUAUCAAUUCAGUAGGUUGUGUCACUGGAAAGGCAAUUACUUAAGGUGGCAUUUCUGGUAGAUAAGAAUCAACAGGAAUGGGAGUAAAUUCAUUUAAAUAUUAAUUAGAUUUUCUUUGCAACAAGAGAGAUAUUGAAUAAUACUAAGUAUUGUUAAUCUGUAGGUAUUGAACCAAGUUUAAAAGGGAAAUCAAUUAUUAUUUAAGGUUAUGGAAAUGUAAUUAAAAAUUUAAUAUAAAAUAGGUAGGUUCAUUUUGUGCUAAAUAUAUGUAUGAUUAUGGAGCUAAAAUAAUUGGAGUAGCUGAACAUGAUGGAUCUAUUUUCAAUCCUAAUGGAAUUAAUCCAUAUGAAUUAGCAGCUCAUAAAACAAAAACUGGAGGUGUUAAAGGAUUUGUUAAUGCUGAAUAAUAUUGGGAAGAUGAAUCAGCUAUUUAUAAUUAAUGUGAUAUAUUCAUUCCAGCAGCUUUUGAAAAAACAGUCAAUGCAAGUAAUGCUGAUAAAUUUAAUUGUAAAAUUAUUGCUGAAGGUGCUAAUGGUCCAACAACAAUGGCGGCUGAAGAAAAACUUCUUGCUAAAGGUGUCAUCUUUUUACCAGAUAUUUUACUUAAUGCUGGUGGUGUUACUGUAAGCUAUUUAGAAUGGUUAAAAAAUUUAAAACAUAUUAAUCCAGGAAGAAUGACAAGAAGAUGGGAAGAAUAAGCAAAACAUAGAAUUCUUGAAGUUAUUAAAAUGAGUACUGGACUCAAUAUAAAUAUUAAAGAUAGUAAGUUAGCUAAAAAAAUGUUAGAAGGUCCAUCAGAAGUAAGUUUUUAUCAUAUAUUUUAUUAAGACUGAUUUAGUUCAUACUGCCUUAGAAUAAUCAAUGAUUGAAGCUGUCAAUAAUAUUAUGGCUACAUCUUUAGAUUAUAAAGUUAAUUUAAGAUUAGCUGCUUACAUCAGUGCUAUCAACAAGUUAAAUGAACAUUUUGAAAUGGCUGGAGUUGAAGCAUGA